AUGUCAAUCAAGUCCUCUCUCUUCAUGGGCCUUGCUGCCCUCGCCGCUCUCACUGAAGCGGCCCCUACCAAGCGUGCCUCCGCUGGCAAGCGUGGUCUUGCCUUCCCCAAGCAGAACAAUGGUGUCGCCGGCUCGACAUACACUCAGUUGUUCAAGAGCUACGACCAGAUCACCUGGAUGUACGACUGGGAGGCCGUCAUCGACGGCACCCCCGUCUCGGGCCUCGAAUACGUGCCCCUCCUCCACUCCAACCAGGACUGGUGCACAUCUGGCUGGACCACAAACGUAGCCAACGCCAAGAAGAGCUACAGCGUCAAGAGCGUUCUCUCCUUCAACGAGCCCGACCAGUGCGGUGGUGGCGGCUCCUGCAUGUCCGUCUCGGACGCCGUGACUGCGCACAAGCAAUACAUCCAGCCGCUCGCGGGGUCGCUGAAAAUUGGCUCCCCUGCGGUAACCAACGGCGACGGCGAUGCCAAGGGCAUCAACUGGCUCAAGUCGUUCAUGAGCCAGUGCUCUGGCUGCCAGAUCGACUUCGUCGUCGCGCACUACUACGCCUGGGACAAGGCCGCCGACUUCAAAUCCUACCUCACAAAGUUCCACGAGACCUUCAACAAGCCCGUCUGGGUCACCGAGUUCGGCGUCACCGAGGGUGAUGCGCCCGCCUUCCUCAAGGAGGUCCUGCCCUGGAUGGAUCAGCAGAGCUGGAUCGAGAAGUACGCGUGGCACAUGGCUGCGCCCACCACCAACGAGGGUGGUCUGAAGUUCCUGCUGAACGAGGCUGGUAGCGCGCUCAAUGAUGUCGGCGCUGCUUUUGCUUCGUAA